AUGUCGCUCGUCACGGGAGAGAAGACGAACUUUCAGUUCAUUCUCCGUCUUCUGAACACCAACGUCGAUGGAAAGCAAAAGGUUAUGUACGCCUUGACCAAGAUCAAGGGUGUCGGUCGCCGAUACUCCAACUUGGUCUGCAAGAAGGCCGAUGUCGACCUGAACAAGCGCGCCGGUGAGCUUACCUCCGAAGAGCUCGAGCGUAUCGUCACCAUCAUCCAAAACCCUACCCAGUACAAGAUCCCCGCCUGGUUCUUGAACAGACAACGCGAUAUCGUUGACGGCAAGGACUCUCACAUCCUGGCCAACGGUGUCGACUCCAAGCUCCGUGAGGAUCUGGAGCGCCUCAAGAAGAUCCGUGCCCACCGUGGUCUCCGACACUACUGGGGUCUCCGUGUCCGUGGUCAGCACACCAAGACUACCGGUCGUCGCGGCCGGACUGUCGGUGUCUCCAAGAAGAAGGGUGGCUAA